GGGAGCCACAGAUAUUAGCGGUAAAGAACAUGGUGGCUCCCAGAGAUUCAGCCAGCCCUUAUAUUUGUGGUCAGAGUUGUCCGUUGGCGGAGUAUCCGGUUUAGAAUUCUGUCUUUUUGUGAAUCUUGGAAAGUAAAUUUGCUGACUAUGCUGGCAAAGUACUGCUGGAGACAAUGGACUGGUAUGGCAAAUGGCAAAUUCAGACGCAGAACCAAUGAUUCGGUCUUAGUGGAUGCCAACAAAAAGUCAGAAGCCGCUCAAUAAGCAGCCCUUCUCAAAGUGUCUGUCCCAUAUAUUUCUCAGGCCUCAGUGAUCGGGGCGUUGAUUGGACAAUAGAAAGGGCGUCACUUAUUGGAACAGAUGAACUCCAGCUUUGAGCUGAGUUACAACAUUAUCAACAAAGCAUACGUUUUGAUAAGGACUACUCGCUACUCCAUGAAGGAAACACAGUGUUCAGUGAAAUGGAAUUCAAUGGCUGUUACACAACUGGGGUUGAACCCUGUGGCCAAAGACACCAAGCAUCUACCUGUGAGCAUUCAUGAGUUGCUCAUCAACAUUGUUGAAGGCGAAACAAAAGUGUUAAUCCUGCAAAUCCCCUAUAUACAUUGGCUCCGGAAGAAGCUGAACAAAUUGGCAUUGACCGCUUCACGAGGUUCACUUCCAGCAUUCAAGGAAUUAAUGCUCAGAGGCCGCUGAACACCUUCAGGCUCAGUUUGGUGCAUGUGAAAAUGUUGCACAGUCGAAUCAAGUUCAUUCUGGACUAUCCGGAGUACCUGAUGAAUGCCUUGGGUAGCGGAGAGGUCUGUAAAUUAGGGCUGCUUCAUUGUUUCAUGAAUUGUCAAACAUGAUGCAACCCAUUGUUUUUCCGGAAUAAUGAACUGUCGAC